AUGGAUGAGUAUCGAUACCGACGCUGGUCGUAUCAGGAAGGAGAGGAGCAUCCCUUUGGGAGUCCGGACUCCUUGACUCGCCCCCCUAUAAAAGGGCAUAGAUCGGCAGAGGAUGGUGAAUCGCAGAGAGGAUUUUACAAGAGCUGGACUUUCUUAGUGGUUCUGUUAAUUAGUGUCUCAUUGCUUUAUGUCCUGUGGAGUGGAAUACCAAGCCUUCUGGAUGCAACUUUGUCCAGUAGAGAUACUAAAAUUCUGCAAGCGUUUCGGGCCCAGAUGAAGAAACUAAAAAAUACUUACCAAAGUCAGGACCCCAAUCUGUGGAAAAGAACCCAUGUGUUCCUUGAGAAACAUCUUAAUGCUUCCCAUCUGCAUUUGGAACCAGCCAUCUUACUGCUCACAGCUGGCCAAGAAGCUGAGAAAGCGCUGAGAUGCCUAAGUAACGAGAUUGCUGAUGCUUUUGCCUUGUCCCAGAAUGCCACUACCAUCAAAAUUAACGGGGCAGACAAAGCCAUAUUGGAUAGCGACGUUGUCAAGCUGGAGGUAGAUGAGGAGCUCAGCUCUGGAUUCAGAGAAGGCAAGAAAGUAGCAGUGGUGCAUCGAUUUGAGUUGCUGCCUGCAGGCUCCACCUUAAUCUUUUACAAGUACUGUGACCAUGAAAACGCAGCAUUUAAGGAUGUGGCCCUCCUGCUGACGGUUCUCCUGGACGAGCAGUCGCUUAGAAAGAGCCUCACCUUGCAAGAAGUUGAGGAGAAAGUCCGGGAUUUCCUCUGGGCAAAGUUUACCAGUUCAGAUGUUCCUAGUUCUUAUAAUAGCAUGGACACAGAUAAGCUGAGUGGACUGUGGAGCCGUAUCUCUCAUCUUGUGUUGCCUGUUUGGCCUGAAAAGGGCCUCCCUAUGGAGGGAUGCACAUAA